CAGAGGACAGGCGGAGACAGCGAGAAGAGCGACUUGGUUGCCUCAAAAUCAAACUUGAAAUGUAUUGAACUCUCCGUUGUAAAUCAGAGUGUCCAGUGACUCGCUGAUCCAGCACAAUGGUUUUCAGAGAGAUUGAUGCUUUAACAGAUUUGCCUCGCAUCAUCUCGGAUCAUCUUGGAGUUUAAUCCUUCUGCCCGAUGCUCACCUGCAGGUUGAACCCUGCUUUGGAUGCAUGUCUGUUCCCACCCUGGACUCAGCCAGCUCUCUGAACUUUACUCCAGCUUAUUUUUCUACCAGCGUUAUUCCCUGAUGAUCACAAGGGAAUAUGCCACUCUGUUUCUGGUGGGCUCCUGCUUCCUGUUGGGCUACAGCGCCCAAGUACCCCUGCAGGCUCAGCUCCAAAGCAAAGCUAAAGCUGGAGGGAUGUCUGCCAGGGGGGGACCCGGAGGUAAUAAAGUGAGGGCCCCAUCAUGGGAAGUGACAUCAUCAGAGGGCAGGACGAGGCCCAGGGGACACGAGAGGUCGAGGGUCCAGCGGAUUAAAAGAGGGUGGGUGUGGAACCAGUUCUUUGUCCUGGAGGAGUACAUGGGGUCUGAACCACAGUACGUUGGAAAGCUCCACACAGACCUGGACCACGGACACAACGCAGUCAAGUACACGCUGUCCGGAGAAGGAGUCGGCUCCAUCUUCACCAUCGACCAGAUCACAGGAGACAUCCACGCACUGGUGGGACUGGACAGGGAGGAGAAGUCCUUCUACACCCUGAGGGCCCAGGCAGUAGACCUCCACUCCGGCAUCCCUCUGGAGCCAGAGUCCGAGUUCAUCAUUAAGGUGCAGGACAUCAACGACAAUGAGCCCCGCUUUCUUGAUGGUCCCUACAGCGCCAGUGUCCCUGAGAUGUCUCCCACAGGAACCUAUGUGACACAGGUGACUGCCACAGAUGCAGACGACCCCACCUAUGGGAACAGUGCACGGAUCGUCUACAGCAUCCUCCACGGGCAGCCCUACUUCGCUGUGGAUCCGAAGACAGGGGUGAUCAGGACCGCUCUAGCCAACAUGGAUCGGGAGGUGAAGGGGGAGUACCAGGUUCUCCUUCAGGCCAAGGACAUGGGAGGUCAGCUAGGAGGUCUGGCUUCAACCACCACCAUCAACAUCAGCUUAAGUGACGUCAACGACAACCCACCGCGCUUUGCUAAGAGUAUUUUCCACCUGCGGGUGCCAGAGUCAGCGUUAGUCGGCUCAGCGGUGGGUCGGAUUCGAGCCCAGGAUCUUGAUGCUGGCAGCAAUUCAGAGGUGGACUACGCCAUCGUUCCAGGAGACGAGGGCAACAUGUUUGAUAUCCUCUCUGACGGUCAAACUCAGGAGGGGGUUGUGGUCCUGAAAAAGGCUCUGGAUUAUGAGGCGAAGAAGUCAUACACCUUCAAGGUCGAGGCGUCCAACGCACAGCUGGACCCCCGUUUCCUUCAUCUGGGGCCCUUUAAAGACUCAGCAAUAGUCAAGGUGACGGUGGUGGACGUAGACGAGCCUCCUGUGUUUACAAAGCCUGCAUACUCUCUGGAAGUGUACGAGGACACUCCUCCGGGAACCAUCAUCGGCUCGGUGACGGCUCAUGACCUGGACGCCAGCAGCAGUGCUGUCAGGUAUUCUCUGGAAUGGCUCUCAGAGUCCGACAGCUGUUUCGAUAUAGAUACUGUUGAAGGAACCAUUUCGACCAAUGACUUCCUGGACAGAGAGACGGCUGUGCAGCACAACAUCACUGUGGUGGCGACCAAAGUCAAUAACCCGCUGCUGUCUACCAAAGUGUCUGUGACCGUCGACGUCCUGGACGUGAACGAGUUCCCCCCUGAGCUGUCUGUUCCUUCAGACACCUUCAUCUGUGAAAACACUCGAGUGGGACAGGUGAUCCAGACAGUCGGCGCCGUGGACCAAGACCUUCCUCCUGUAGGUCAGAGGUUCUUCUUUAAGUCCCCCAAAGACCUCCGCAACAGAAACUUCACCGUCCGAGACUUUGGGAAUAACACAGCCGGCAUUGUGACUCGGCGUUCGGGCUUCCAGCGGCGGCUGCUGGACGUUUACACUCUUCCUGUUGUGGUUGAAGACAGCGGUUACCCCGCCCAGAGCAGCACAGCCACGCUCACCAUCCGAGUGUGUUCAUGCGGGGUUGGGGGCUCACUGCUCACCUGCUCAGCUGAGGCCAUCUUCCUGCCUGUGGGCCUCAGCACCGGAGCGCUGAUGGCCAUCCUGCUGUGUGUGGCUCUGCUGAUGGUUGUGGCUGCACUUUAUAUGAGCCAGAGGCGACACAAAGAGAAAGAGACUCUGAUGACGUCCAAGGAAGACAUCCGUGAUAAUGUCAUCCACUAUGACGACGAGGGCGGCGGCGAGGCUGACACGCACGCCUUCGACAUGGGCACCCUGCGAAACACACACCCGCACCGCUCGAGCACCCUCAGCAGCUCAUCCAGGAAUGAUAAGAAUGGCUAUGGAGAUGGCGUCCUGCUGCAUCUCAGCGUUCGCUCAGACAACGUCAGGACACCUGACAUCCACUGUCAAACAGCGUGCGUCAUUGCUGCGGUGAACAACACGGGGACACUCUCCUCCCGUGGCCGAGUGACUGAGGGCGACGCGGUAAAGAUCAGGGAGUUCAUCGAGCAGCGGCUGGAGGAGAGUCAGAAGGGUUUUGCCGCCCCGCCCUACGACUCACUGGCUACUUACGCGUACGAGGGCGACGGCUCGGUGGCCGGCUCGCUUAGCUCCAUCGAGGAGUCUUGGGUCAUUGACGACACGGGAGACUUCAGCUCUCUGGGUGACUGGGGACAGCCGUUUAAAACGCUGGCUAACAUUCUGGACACACAGCCACCCGCUCAGACUGAUGAGAGCUGAGAGGAGACUCACAGAGGGCGGCCAUGUUGGAUUUAGCUUCAUUUUUUUAGACAUUUUUUUACCGUGACAGGCACCUGCUAGCGUGAUGUGAGAACUGUUUAGUCAGUUGUCGGUGUGAAGUAGAGCUGUGGACUGAUUAGCAGGAGAGCAGUGGAUCUAGCUUCUUUAAAGUGAUAGCCCCUCAAAGUGCCUGAGGUACUCCAUGUUUGUAUUUGAAUUCAUGUUACUAAUAAAAUAUCUUCAACAUA